CGUACAAACACAGUUACACGAGGGCUAUACUACUAGCGAGAUGCAAGAAGUCGGCUGUUGGAUAACAAAUCAUGGGGAAACGGAAGACUAAAAAGUUUGCUUCAAUGAAGAGAAUGAUAAGUUUGAAAGAUCAGAGAAUGUGAGUUGCUAGUGUUUACUAAAGACCCAUAAAACGUGAGAGUACGGGAGCGAAUUGGUGAAAGGACGGUUCAAGGAGAAAGACGAGCCAAUUCGGGGGAGGACAAAACUCUGCUCAACUCGGAGAACUGAUCUCAGGUCGACCACUAAAAAGGUAAGCAAAACCUGUUAAAACAAACUUUGCAUAUUGUCGUUUAGUCUACUCCAAAUUUAAGAUCAGUAAUACCGAGUGUGAGUAUGAGUUUUGUGUAAAUUUAAUUUAACAAAAUUUCAUUGAGCAGUGAAGUAAAUGAAUUGUGGAAAUAUGAAUGCAAUGUAUUGACUGUUUAAAGUUAAGGUGAUACAGAUUUGAAUUGUAUGUGUUAAAGAACUGAGAUGAGUUAGGUUGGAGGAUAUUGCAAUGUUAGCUUGAUUCUAGAUACUAUUCAGAUAUGUCGACAGCAUUCGAUGAGGAAUAGGUCUAUUUGUUGAUUAGUGAUAUUAUUCAGAGAUGUCAGCAGCGACUGAUGAGGAAUAAAUCUAAGUGUUGAAUAUGACCAAAUGUUCGGUUGAUACUGCUACUAGGUGAUUUACAUACCAUAACCUAGCUCAUGACUGGUUAAAUGUGUUGUAGAGUUGCUACCUGAGUACAUGAAGUAUACGAAUGAGGCAUAUUGAUAAUCGACUAGUAACCCAACAGACUGGCUGUGACCGGUGAGGUUUUAACUGUACACAGCGUCUCACAAGGGUUUAAUUGGGCUGUAUUGUCUCACCAAAAUCUGAAUAUAUGACGGAGGAGCUCUGAGAUAAGACAGAGUACGAGUAAUAGUUUCUCCAAGAAUACAUCGCUGUCGCGAGACAGUGACGGGCUAAGUAUAUUCAGAUAGUCAAACUCAUUUAUACACCAUGGCAACUUCGCAACCUCCAAAACUGAAAUUCAAUGAUUUUCUAGACCAACGUAUGCAGGAUAGGUCAGGAGGAAAGGAACAGUGGAAGUCAGUAAAGAAGGUUUGGGAAGGGUUGAAGUUGAAGUGGACACAGGCGGGUUAUUUGGUAGGGGGAACUCCAAAUAGGACUCAGCUUAGCACAAUGGAAGACGAGUUGCGUGAAGCAUUACAGGAAGCUAAAGACAGGGAGACAGAACAGAACAAGUUGCAUUUAUUCAAGAAGGAAGGGACUAAACAGAGAGAGAAAGCAGAAGCUGAAUUGAAAAUAGGCACUUGGGCUAUCGAGGAGACCCGUAGAGUACAACUGAACAAAAAACCGGAAGUAAUGGCAAUAGUCACUGACACAAAAGAGGGAGGGGAUACCACCACCCCACCAGCCAACCCAGACAAAGGACAACCGCCCAACCCGCGGCUCUACCCAAACCUAUCUGAAGAGUACAGACCACCACCCUACUCGCCUCUCCCAGGCCCAACACUAGCUGCUAUACAGGCCCCUGUAAUGACGGUGAGAGGGGGUGUGAUAAAGGGGGAAGUAGCAGUGCGCCUAAUGGAAGGAGCAAUCGAUGUUGAGGAUCUGGCGCCCCCCAGCGGUCUCCACUCCAUGAAUACUGUAGAGACGGGGCCCCAAAGUGGACGGACAUCACUGAACCCAUUCACUUCACACUCAGUCAGCACCGACAGUUGCUCCAACGACUUCAAGCCUCUCCCACCCAGUCUCCUUUCUCCACUAUCUAAAGCAGUCUCUGCAGCAACCCCACGCAGCUACACCAGUGAACAUCGCUCAGCUGAAAAAGGGAACGUCGAAAGGGAGUAUCUGACAUCAUUAAACCUGCCACAAGAGGAGGAUGAAAAUGAAUGCAGUGGCGGUCCAACCCGGGAACAGAUAUGGACAGCUGCCGAACAGAUCAACAGGGAACAGUUUCCAGGUGGGGGAGGGGGACCAUAUCAUCUAAGUGGCACAUAUCUGGGUGAAAUAACCGAUCUCCGGGAUGCGCUAAACCACCCACCAACAGGCCUAAGGCGAUCACAACGAAUCCAAGACCAACAAAAUAGACAGGCAUCCAGCAUACAGGCUCCACUCCGCCUGAGUACAACGGGAAGAGGGGAGGAGUACAAACCAUGGCAGCUGACAGAUCUAACCUCCAUGAUGGACCAGUUACCAAGCCUUCAUGGAGGUGCCUCUGCCUGGCUCUUACAACUACGAACCCUGACCUCUGGUUUCCGGUUAGCACUAGGAGACAUGAGAGCACUGCUAGCCAGAGCCACUGACCACACCACCAUGGAUGUAAUCAUGAAAACAGCCGGUCUGGACCAACUACCUGGAGCUACCCCUCCUGAAUCAUAUUCAGUAAAACUGUGGGCUGAACUCAGGAGAGCAUACCCAACGGAGAGAGACUAUGCAGCACUAUCAUCAUUUCUCAUGAACACAGGAGAAGCCCCUGCUGAAUACCUGGACAGAGCUAAAACCACCUGGAGAACUGUCCACGGGGAGCCAUACGAUGCCUCAGUGACAUCAACCAACAUGUGGAAGGAACUAGUUAUCAACGGGACACCUCCCCCAGUCAAGACUAAAUUGAGGCAGACCGUCGGCUUGUGUGCCAAACCUGUAGCGGAAUUUUCAUCACAUGUGCAUCAUCACAUCUCCCACCACAACAAGGAGUUGGGAGGGGCUGAAACUGAGAUGAGAGCCCUGCAAGUACAACUACUGAAACUCCAACUGAAAGAUGCACAAAAAACCACCCAACCAAAGAAACAGAUGGUCGCCGACCCUACAUCAAUUCAAAUUGUUGAAGACACUGUCCGACAGAUGCUAGCAACUCAAGGACCGGCACCCUAUCAAGCACCCCCUUAUCCUCAGCCUGGCCCCUAUCAGCAGACUCCUCAAGUUUAUGUGAGUUAUCCCCCUAGGGGCCCGCCGCCAACAGCUGGACAAUGGGGCCCCCGCCCUUGGAACAAUGGCACCUGUUACAACUGCGGACAGCCUGGACACCGUGCAAGGGUUUGCCCAUUGCCACAAACACACAAACAGAGAGCGUACCUCCAGAACCGAGCCCAAAGCCUAGGUUUCGCUCCUGGUGGAAGAGGGCAGCCACGAGCAUCAGGCCCUAGACUGGCUAAUCCAACAUACCACCACCCAGCAGCAGGAGCUCCACCCCCUGCCGGACCUUCCCCUUCGUUCCAGGGUGUCUACGAGGAGAACGUGCCAUGGGAAUGAAGGUGCCCACCACCACCUGAAAAUAAAGAUGUCCAACGUUUCUCUGUAUUUACUGAACCCACUGUCACUUGUCAAAUAGAGGGGGUUACCCAUCGAUUUCUAGUAGAUACUGGAUGUACCUACUCUGCCGUUAGGACAACACAGGCCUUAUCAACAGACUCCAUACAGGUGGUGGGGGUAUCAGGAAGAGCGGAGACACAGCCCAAAACACAACCAUUGCUUUUCCAAUGGGGACUUUCAACAGUACGACAUCAGUUUCUAUACUGCCCUAACUGCCCAAUCAAUUUGCUAGGGAGAGAUUUACUCUGCAGACUUGGAUGCUACAUCAACUUGACAGAAGCCGGAGUGGAGGUAUCCAUCUCACCUCCGACUCAGGGAAGAGUGUUACUCUUACCCUCACUCCCUGUCCCACCUCUGUCCUUGACACAGGAAGUCUAUUGGCUGAAAUGUUUACAAACUACCGCAUCUACCCCUGCCGUCCAAUUCCAAUUCCAUAGCUGGAGAAAAUUCAUCUACACUCUACACCCCUACAAGACGCCCCUCUCCGAGGUGCACUGCACCAUGAAUGUUACGGAUGAGGAAGACAACCCUUACACUGACGACUGGGAUGACAAUAUGAUGCAUCUGACACCCACUAUCAGAUGUGCAUCUAUUGUUUGCGGUCCCGAAGGUGUUGCUGCUCCAGUCAUUUUACCUACACACCUUAAACCAUGGUAUCAGCUUGCACCCGAAUCUGCCCCACACGUCACAUUAGCAGUUGGAAACGGCUAUGAAGCAAGAAGCCUGGGACCCAUGAUACGCCGGGCCUCCAAACUCAUCUGGGAACCUACAGCAACACCUGGCGUGAUGAAGGCAUCCACGGAACAAAUGUGGCGACUUACCUUGGUAGAUACCACCGAGACAUGCCAACCAGAACGACUCUCUCUUCCUCGUCAUCAUGGAAAACCCUACUCCGACCAUCCAUCCACCACAGCCCUAUUGGACUCUAUUGACAAGUCAAUCUGGACCACAUCACCUUUUGAUGUAGGGAAACUUGCAGUCCCUCCAGUCAAGGUAACUCUUACAGACCCGUGCCAAGCCCCUAUAUACCGGUCACAAUACCGUUUGAAGCCGGAACAAACAGAAGGAAUUCGCCCUACCAUCGAAGGACUGUUGGGGGCUGACUGUAUCUAUCCUACCCAUUCACCAUGGAACACCCCUAUACUUCCGGUUCCCAAAGCAGAUGGGAAGACAUACCGAAUGGUACAAGAUUUCCGAGCUAUCAAUGAAGUGACAACAGGGGUAGACUUUCCUGUGCCAGACCCUCACGUCACCCUGAGCAAUCUUUCACCCAGCCACAAAUACUUCACCGUGGUCGAUCUUGCUAAUGCCUUCUU